AUGACAAGUAGUGAAUGUAAAAAUAGAAUUAACAGUACAGUUGAAUGUCCUGUAACAUUUGGGAAUAAUAAUCAAAAACAAAUAAGUAUUGGUCGUCCACCAAGUUCAAUAAGUCUAAUUACUGAUCAAUUAAAAUUAUCCAGUUUAAAUGAACGUGAUCCAUGUAUGACAAUGCGAAUGAUGAAAAUGACAGUUGGAGUAAUGCCAACAAUAACAACAACAAGUAAAUCAAUGAAUACAGGACAACAUAAUAUCAAUUGUGAAUAUUAUGGUUUGAAGACAAUAAAUGAAACAAAGAAUGCUUGUUCAAUGCCUAUACACUCUGUUAUUGGUUUACAAUUGAAACGUAAUAUCACUAGUAAUGAUAAUGAUAGUACAAUUAUUAACAAUACAGAUUGGAGAAGUGGAUCAAAAGAUUAUCAUCAUUCACGUACUGUACACUUUCAUGAUGUAUUUACGCCAAGUUCUAGUGUUUGUUCUUCUCUCAAGUCUACUAUAUCAGAAUUUGAAGAUGGAAGUGAAAUAAUUAAUCUUGAGCCGAAUUCGUCUUCUCUUCAUGUUUUAUCUGCAAGUGCUCCAGCUACAAAUUAUUCAUUAAAUUCUAUGUCAAAUGUAUCAAAAUUCAACGAAAUACAAUCUUGUCAUCAACAUCAUCACCAUAUAGAUCAUCCCUAUCAUCCUCAUCUCCAUCAUCAUCAUCGUCAUCACCACCAUCAUCAUCAAAUUAUUAAUAGUAAUAACAAUACUGCUACACCUUCAACAUGUACAUUCAACUUUUCAUCAGCUUCAUUUCCUUGUUCUGUAGAUGAUAAAGUUGACCAUAUGAAUGUACUAAUUAAUCAAUUUAAUGUACCAUGUAAAACAGUAUGUUCGUCUCCGUUUUCUUCCUCUUCUUCAUCAACAUCAUGUUACUUUUGUUCAGUUUGUUGUUCUUGUUGUCUAUAUGAAGCAAAUAAUACUUCAUAUUCACAUAUUCAACACUUACAUGACCGUUUACCACCGGCAAAACGUGUUUGUCGUUCAACAAGUUCAAGUUCUGAUAUACAUUCACAGACAUCUUCAUCAUAUGGUUAUUCUUGUCGUCCUUUUCCAUUUAUAAUAUCAUCUUGUUUAUGUUCUUCAUCUUCUCACAUACCACCACCGCCGUCAUCAGUAUCGUCUUAUCGUCAUUGUCAUAAAUGUAAUAAUAACAAUAAUGACAAUAACAAUCAACAUAGUUCUUCAGCCAUGUUGAAAACAAUGCAGUCAUAUAUGAGGACUCUCCCACGACCAAUUGCAGUACGAUUAGAUUCAAAAAUGGCAUAUAAUGAAAAGUCAAAAAGUUGCACUAAUAUGGAUAACGUCAAAUUAUUAAAUUCUAAUGACAAUAAUGCUAAUAAUGGUGGUGGUACCUUACGAAAUAAUAAUAAUACUCCUAAUAAUCAUGGUGUUAUUCUACGUCCAAAACCAUCGGAUUUAAUCUCUUCUAAUAAAAUGAAUAAUGGAUCACGUAUUAGUUGGCAUCAUCCAUUGUUUAACUUUGGUUCUGGAGCUGCUCAAACUAAGUGUAACAAUAAUAAUGGUAAUAAUUUAUCUUCACAAGCUGAAGUUAAUGAAGUCACUAUGCAACAUAAUAACUCUCCUACAGACUUUCCACAAACACAUUCAGAUAAUUUACAAAAAUCUGUUCGUCUACGUAAUCGGACUGCACAUAGUAAUAGCAGCGGUGGCAGCAGUAUUAAUAAUAAUAGUAAUAGUAAUAAUAAAAGUCAGUUCGAUCGUGUUCAUCAUCGUCCAAGUCAUAUAGAAAUUAAAGAUUCACACGACUCUUCAUUGUCAAUUCAUGCAUUGCCUAGUCCUUCAUCAGCAUUCACUCCAACCAGGGCAUCAUUUGGUAGUUUCCCAAUGGAUGUUAACUCUUCCGAAUUCUCACUUUCUCCUACUACUGAGUCAAUAUCUUCGUCAAUUCAAAUAACUACUCGAACUCCUUCAUCUGGAUUUCAUGAAGCUUCAUUUUUCGGCUUGUCUGAAGCAUCUAGUUUACCAGAUUGUUCGAGAUUUGGUGUAUCUUCGGACUCUGGGCCAAGUUCUAAUCAUCAUUGUAAUUGUGAUUGUCAUCAACGUCGUCAACAUUAUCAUCACCAUCAUAGACGAAAUCAAACAAACACAUCAAUCGAUAUUAAGUCAUUAAAUCAAUCUGGUGAUAUAUCAAGUAAACUGACAGAUUUAGAACCAUGCUUUAAAUUAGAAGAUAGUGAGCCUAAUAUUAAUGAUAAUCAUCAAAGUAGAAAUGUUAGUAGUAGUAGUAGUAGUAAUAGUGAUAGUAGUAGUUAUUGUUGUAGUUAUUCUUUACCAUCAGUGAAAUGUAUGCUUCGAUGUUGUUCACAGCCUAAUGAUGAUACUAUUUAUGAUAUUAAUUAUCGACAUUCACCUCAUUGUUCUAGAACCGGGAAGCAUAUACAUCAAUCACCUACUACUACCACGUCUACAUUUUUCACUACUAUUUCUACGACUGCAAUGAUGAUGACAACGAAGACAUCAACAACAACUUCCAGUAAUAUCACCAUCGCUAACACAGCAGCUGGAUUAAAACGUAGACGUGGACCGAGUGGUGAAUGUAGUAAUCAAUAUUAUAGGGAUAUUGAUUUUCACAAUGAAUCCAAUAAUUAUCAUCAUCACAUUCAUGAGGAGGAGAGGAAGCAAUUAUUGCCACAUGAGGAAUUACCACCUUGUAAUUGUUGUAUGUUUAAAAGAACAAUAGACCAAUUAAAAAACAAUUAUGAUGCUAAAUCAUUGUCUGACAUUGAACAUUUAAAUUAUAUAUCUACAAUAUUAUCAAAUAGUAGAUUAGAUGAUAACUUAGACUGUCACCAUCGGCAUCACUAUCACCAAUAUCAUCAGUAUGCUUUUCCGUGUCAUGAUGUACAGCGGCAUUCAAUAUUUCCGUCCACUGAUCAACAAUCAUCAGUGAUUCCUUCGUAUUCUUGUUCUUCUUCUUUUGCCGCCUCGAAAUGUUUGUCCAUAUUUGAUGCAAAUAAAUAUCAAGAUAAUGCCACUUUAAUUGAAUCUGAUGUAAAUGAUGAGCAUUAUCACUAUUUGUCUUCUACUGCAUCAUCAAUAAAACACUGUGCACAGUCUAAUUUGAAAAAUACUACAUUGAUGACAGAUAAUAACGAAAAUGGUAAAAUUACUGAAACUUUAAACGAUAAUUCAUGUUCUGUCGCCAGCUCUGCAGGAAAUCCAUGCUACAUAACGUCAUAUGCGGAUAAAAAUAAAUACAAUGCUUAUAAUAUCAACUGUGGACAGGAAUAUGAACAUUGUUCUAGUGUUUUUUCUGAAGAAAACUUUGUACAUCGUUACAUGCACAAUGAAUUAGGAAAACUUUAUGAAAUGACUGAAGAUGAAAAGGAACAUGAAACACCUGAAACAAUGAUUGAUGAAAAUAAUAGUAAUAAUGGUAGAAUAUCUGAGACAAAUUAUCAUCAUCCUAUAAUUUCAUUGUCAUCGCCAUCAAUUCAUGAAAUUGCAUUUACCCCAAUUCAUCAAUCAACAAAUAUUGAAUGGGAUAAUUCAGAUGAUAGAAAUAGUGA